AUGGUCACCUCAUUCAGCCUCUACGAAGACCUAGUAGCAAGCCAGAACCUGCUUCUCAAAAGGAUCGUCAUCUGCAGAAGAGGACGUGUAGAUGGGAUUCCCAUCAAAGGCUCCUCUCGGGACCUGGGAAAGCAACUGCCCGGGGCGGACCGGGCCGAGCCGAGACAGAGCGGAGCGGGGAGGGGCGGGGCGGGGCGGGGCGCGGGCGAGCCUAGAAAACAGGCCCGGUCAGGCCCCGGCAGAGGCGGAGUCACGGGGGACGCGUUCAGGGAGUGCACAGCCAGGCUGCUGAUGGACUACCUGGAGUACUGCUCCCGCGAGCCCGGCACCCCCGUGCGGGCGCCGUCCACGCCCGUGGCCGCCGUGCUGCCCGUGGCCGCCUGGAAACAGAAGACCAACCUGCACUUCUUGUCGCAAUACCGCGGCUUCCGCGGGAACCGCGUCGAGCUGGUGGCCUGGACGGCGCAGGAGCUACUCGCCAACAACCGUGGUGACCCCAGCUGGGGCCGCGUGGCAGCGCUCGUGACCUUCGCGGGGACGCUGCUGGAGAGGCCGCCGCGGGAGGUCCGUAGGCGGAAGAAGACGGAGAAUGAAGACGUUAGCAGAGACUGCCGGUUCCUGGUGGCCUUGCUGUGUGCUCAGCUCUCCGGACGGCACCGCGCCUGGCUGAUGGCGAACGGCGGCUGGGUCCUGUGUUUUUGCCAGGAGUAUUCCAACUCUUGGAGUUCUUUUGCCACUGGGAAUAGAAUCUGGAGAGGAUGUUUUGCCUUCCCAGAGGGAGCCUGCCUUGAAGAGAAGAGCUCACAGGACAGAGUGACUGCAUUUGUUCUGGGAAGCUGUUACAUGCUAUCUGCCUUUUAUGUAUUUGGGACAACAGUACAGAGACUUUUUAUAUUUUUGUUAAUGCUAAUUUCCCACAGAAAAACUGUAAAAACAGGCCACACAAAAAUGAUAAAAACAAAAAAAUUGUAUUUUUAGGGUGAGAAAUAAAUAAUAUUUAGUUCUCCAGAGAUUAAAAACCUAAAAGACAAGUUCAUUAGCAUACCAUUCUGCCCAGUAAUCAGACAAGCAGGGAGUAGAAGGGCUUUGGGUUCAGGGGUGAGGGGGUUUGUCUAAAGUCAGUUGUUCUUCUACAGUGAGGUAUCACCUCACACCAGGCAGUAUGGCCAUCAUUAAAAA